AUGCAAGUCUUACAUACACGACCAGCCGCCCUUCAAGCGGCGCCGGCGGCGGCGGCAACGCUCGCCGCUGCGGGCCGCCGCGAUCGGCGCUCAAGCGUCGCCAAGCGCCGCCUCCGCGGCCGGCGAACGCUGCCCCGCGCCGCCGCAGCCGAGCCAGAAAUCACCGAAGAGGAGCGCGCCGCCCUGAUCCGCGGCGUCGAGCGCGCGGCCGCUACCUUGGAUGAGAUCGUGGAGGAGGUCAGCCACGAGGUCUUCGUAUCCGAGGCCACCGCCUACAUCUACAGCGAGGACCCCGACGUCGCGCUCGCCGAUGCGGUCCGCGGCGCGGUUACACGGCGGCUCGAGUGGCUCGACUCUGAUUUCCUGGCGGCGGUCGGCGCCUACACAGAAGCUGCGGGGAAGAUGGGCAACGGGCAGCUGGUCGAGCUGCUGGAGAUGCUGCGGAAGGAGGUGCUGGGGCAGGUGACCCUCCGCAUGCCGCCGUCGGUGCGCGUGCUGGACGCCGCGCUGCAGCACGAGGGCAUCUCGGCCCGGCUUAAGGUCCUGCGCACCGCGCUGGGCGGUGGCGAGGGGGACGUCCCAGGCGCGGACAUGCAGUCGCUCAGCGCCACCGCCAACCAGUUUGUCGACGAUAUGGAGGACCAGGAGGUCGUCGCGGACCGCGUCCUGCUGGCGCGCCUGGUGCUGGUGCGGGAGGAGCUGCGGGCCCUGCACUUCCGCGCCCUGGAGCAGCAGGCCGGGCUCGAAUUCACGGGCGGCGGCAGGGCCGCCCGCGCGGCGGCGCCCGCGACGGCCCCGCCGGCGGACGCUGACGCGCGAGGCGGCCGGCUGUCUGGCCCUGAAGAGACCGCGGCGCCAUCGGCGGCGGGGGAAGGCGGCGACGGCGACGGCGGCAGCAGCAGCGGCGGCGCCGGGGCGGAGGCAAGGGAUGAUGCAAAGUCCAUCGCACUCGACAGCGCCGCGGUGGCCGCUGCGGACGACGGCGGCUUCUUCAGCUUCCACAGGGGCAACCUGCCGCGCCGCUGCGCAGCGUUCCUGCAGGCGCUGCUGGCGGUUGGGGAGCCGCCUCGCCGGCUGGCGCUGCUGAGAAAGGCCUUCAACGAGGACUGGGACGGCGCCGGCCCGGCACGUCCCCCAGGGUCCGUGCCGGCUGGGAGCGCCGGCGGCGCCGAAGCGGGCGCGGAGGUGCAGGAGGCUCCCGACGUGGUGCGGCCCGGGCGGCUGCUCGCCACGCUCCACGCGAUGCGGCGAGAGCUGCAGAUCCGCCAGGGGAGCGUUGGGGUCACGCCGACGGCUGCGCCCAGCGGCGAUGGGAGCAGUGGCGGCGGCGGCGGCAAAGGCGGCGGCGAGAACUUGGGCCCUCUGUUGAAGCGGCUGAAUCAGAUACAGAUUGAGGCGACCCUCGUGCUGGACGAGAUGCAGAGGGGGAAAACAAGCGGCAGCGGCGGCGGCGGUAGCAAAGGCGGCCCCGACACCAGCAGUGCGGGGCCCGCUGCGAGCGGCUAG